CGGCUUUCCCUGAUAAUUUUACGCCCCAACUAAAAUACUGUCAAAACCUUAUUCGUAGUACAUAAAUGACGUUAAAAACUGUAGACUAUUUAUUCAACUUUAUGAGACAUUCAUGUUUUAGUUUCUCCCACUACCACAUUAUGAGGGUACCAAUUUCAGGGUGCUGGACGUUCUAAAUGCGUAAUCCCUGGCUCUAUCAAAGACGAGGGUCUUUACCUUGUCAUAUCAGCCAUUCUAGACCUCAGUCUGAGACUAACUCUAGUUGCUCACAUUCUAGUCUAGUCUGUAUAUACUGUCCAGCGAGUUCUCGCACAUUCAAAGGCCUCGGUUUCGGCCAACGUGGCACGCGGUGACUUCACUGGUAUUUCGAGCUUCUUACAUUCCCAACCCACCCAGAAGUCCUCUAAAUGUCAAAUUCCAAAUAUUAGCGAUGACAUCAUAGAGAAACUUGUGCUUCCUAUAGUUUUAAACGACCAUAUAAACUAAUUUAAAGCUAUAACGUUAUUUGUAUGUCUUUGAAUGCAUUUUUAGCUCUCCUUGGGCUCUCAUUAGUUCUCUAUUGUUAGCCAUCACACAAGAUGCCUUACCAGAAAACUAUCACACU